GCUUACGGAGCGAAAGGGUGGGGACAGCGAGUGACGUCACGUCGACGACGGCAAAGCCCGAUCUUCGUACGUCGGAACUUUAGUGAAGCCGCGUUCGUUGUUGGCGAAGAGUGCUGUGAUCCCGUUGCCCCUGGUGUUUAGUGUUUCCACAUUGACGUUUCGUCGUGAAUGGAAUCGCGCAAAGCGCUUCGUAUUUUUUCUUGUGUGGUUCGCAGCCGCGAGUGGUGAUCCGUGACAAUGCUCACCUCAAGCAAUCAAUAUUUGAGGCCGGAAUAUCUGACUCCCUUACCGACUACGCUGGACGCGAAGAAGAGCCCGCUGGCGCUCCUCGCCCAGACAUGCAGCCAGAUCGGCGCGGACAGUCCGAACGCCAAGCUCCUCCAGAGCGCCGAGAAAGGGAACAAGAAAACCGACCCCUCCAAAGACAAGUCCACCCCGAACCCGACAGAAUCGCACCGGCCACCCGUCUCCGCCGCCUACAAGACGCCCCAUCUCGAAGUCUCCUCCGGCAGGGAGAAAAGCCACAGUCCCGAGCAAAGGGCCGGCUCCGUAGGCGGCACCAGGACCCGCACCCCCAACAACUCUUUGAAGAGGUGCGGUAGUAACCAGAGCGCAGCGUCGCCUCGGGAGAGUCCCGCCACCUCGGUGGGUAGGAAGACGCCGGGCGAGGGUAGCAAAUCCCCCGAGAAACCAGUCGAAGGGGACGCCACGCCGGAAACUACGUCGUCGGGAGUCGCAAAAACCGCGUUCACGCCGAAUAUCUUGACGUCGUCGUCCGAUCCGGCCAUCAAGGACCUGCCUCUGGGUACCUUCAAACCUGGGGUGCCGGUGUCGUCCGCUUUCCUCAACGCUUACGCAGCGGCACCCGGGUUUCCGUUACCGAUGGACCUGAUGACGAGCAGUUUGCUGUCGAGGACGAGCGCGCUGAGCCCGUACUUCACCUACGGAAGGCUGAAGACUCAGGACUCGUUAUCGGUGUGCCGCGAUCCCUACUGUACCGGGUGUAGUGUCAGUUCGCACCUCCUUAGUGCUGCAAGUGCGAAAAGUGGUCCGUGUCCCGCGGGAUGUACUCAGUGCGACCACGCGAAGACUCCCGCGUACAUGGGACACAGUCCGGCCGCCACUGCGUACGCGCACGCUCAGCUGGCGGCCCUGGCGGCCGCCUCCCACCUGCCCUACAUCUGCAAUUGGAUCUCGGGCGACGCGUCUUACUGCGGCAAGAGGUUCUCCAGCUCGGAGGAGCUCUUGGCCCAUCUGAGGACUCACACCAGCGUGACGACGGAGACCGGUUCCCCGCUUUCCAUGCUGGGUAACCCCGGGUUACCGCCUACGGCACACCCCCUGCUGCACCGCACCUAUCCUACCCCUCCGCUCAGUCCUCUAGCUACCGCCAGGUACCAUCCCUAUUCGAAACCGUCCCUUUUGCCCCCGUCUCUGAGCGGGUUCCCGCUCGGUCAUCCUAGCUUGCCGCCGUAUCUGUCGCCGUAUUCGAUUUACGGGCCCAGAUUGGGCGCGAGUCCCGGGAUGCACCCGUAGGAAUGCCAAAUAACGUGCUGUGGUCCGAAAGUGGGUCUCGCCUAGUCUUAAGAUGUCCGCGCGACGGGAGGAAAGCGUAGAAAUUGUCGGGUCACUAUGUAGUCGCAGUCGCGGUUGACAUUUGCUCGCCGCUUGAAAGGGUUACGUCCUGGGAGGCCGAUGGGAAUCGUAGCAGUUAUAGAAAACCUGUUUUUCGAUUUCAUUCAUGAUGUUGGACACGUGGACCUUGUAGAAUCAACUUUGUUGAAACUAUUUCUUUUACUUAAUAUCGGCCGUGCUCUGUGAAUCUAGUAAUUGUCGCUCAGGGUAAAGACGUGAUUUGGAUGAUGAUGACACUUACCCCAUCCUUGCUCUAUCAAUUAAUAUCGGACUCGGUCGGUGAAUCAACUAAUUUUUGCUCAGGUCUAAGUUCAAGAUGUUGUCUGGAUGAUGACCUUCACUUACCUGGUCUUGCUUCGCACCACAAAUUCACUUACAGAUUUCUGGAAUUGAUGUUGUUGGCGUGACUUGCUCUGAAACGGUUUUUUGUUUUGAAACCAACAAUAAAGACCUUGACGGUGCCUCUAUAUAUAGCCUUUCCUCUAGAAUGAAAACUUUGCAGUGUAUUGGUCUGGUUGGACAUUUAUGCCUAGGUUUAGGUCUUUUGAAAGACAGGAUUUCGAUGAUACCGUUUAGCUAUCACUGCUCCGUAUAAAAAAAAUCACUUCCAGACUUCUGAAGUUGGUGUGAAACUACUGCUUCUCUAGAAAGCAACAAUCGAGAACCAUUUCUGCCUGGGAAUGAAGAACCAAUCACAUCUCUGUAGUGCAUAUAAUAUUCAAUAAUGUUGGAUAUGGUCUGGUUGGACAUUUUUGCUUAGGUUUAGGUCUUCUAAAAGACAUUGUUUCGAUGACACCAUUAUGUACCACAAAAUCACUUUCAGACUUCUUUAAUUAAACUUGUUAUUGUGAAACGAUUUUUCUCUAGAAAACAACAAUCGAGAACCAUUUCUGCCUGAAUGCGGUACCAAUCGCAUCUCUGCAUCUCUAGAGAUACCCUUUUCUGGGGAACGGAAGCUUCGCGUUAGUUGUUUACCAGUCUCUUCUGAGUCGUAGAAGCUAUUAACCAAAUAACUCAGACGUGCUGUUAGACUGUAGCUUUGUCGAAUAGAGCGUUAAUAUUGAUUAACAACGUCAUCAGGAUGUAACGCUUUCGAGUCGAGCGAGAUAUGGCGGUUAUAGAGGAAGUUGUCGCGUAAAUAUAUUUAAAAAAAAAAAACAAAAAAAUUAUAACGAUUCAAAUCUGUAUUUAAUGUAUGGAUGUGAAAGUGUGAUAUUAUUUUUAAUUAUUGCAUUUAUAUGAAGGUUUUCGUUCGCUGAUCAAAUCGGUUGUAAUAUAAUAUAAUAUAUCCGUGUACAGACCUCUCGUGUUUCCACACCAGCAAAAUUUCGAAUAUCCCUUAUGUGCGUAUUAUGCGAGAAGAGUUUAUAAAAAUCCAACCAUAUCAUUACUGUACGAUUUGAGCUGAAAUUAUAUUUUUAUUGUUAAAUCUUGAACGCGUUUUAUUGGGUCGCUCCGAUGUGGGAGAUUUAUUCGGCUGGGGAGUGAUAACUUUAAAAUUCGUCGCCACUAGAAACGCAAAUAAUGGGAACGUAAUAAUGAGCUCGACAGGAACUAUCCGUCUUAUCUGAAAAUAGACCCGAGCUGACACAGCUGUUGAGUGGUAUUUGGCCGAACGUCAGUUACGUGGGCUUGUUAAAAUUCUUUGAUUAUUCGAUACGGGUUAGACGAGAGUGUCCUAUUGUGGGAGACGAUCACGAACUGAUAAGAGGUUUCGGCUUUUUAAAAAAUGUUUAAUUAUUUUAAUAUUUACCAAGAGUUAAUUAAAGUAAAGUUGUGGCUGUGCGUCGAUACAAGAGAUCCCUAGCUGUCUGUCCAGCUAAGCUAGGAGUUCCCCUAUAAAGUGGCUAGUAAAAUUAUAUUAUUUAUAAAAGAAAAUAAUAAGUUAUACGAAAUUUACAUGAUUAGGCUUGCUGAUCUUACUGAUUCCGGCGAUUUAUGAUAUGGCAAGCCUCCUCAUUAACUGGUGGAACUGGAGGUGGAGUGUCACGAGGAAUUGGUCGCUUUGCAGAUAGGACGUUCGGAUAAACAAUUUUAUCUCUAUUUUUUUCGAGAAUCCUCGUGUAGAUGUCAUGCAGAAAUAACAAUCAUUCCCAUGAUUUUGAGGCUCACCCCAAAUCAUUGGCAUUGAAAAACCAGUCCGUGGCAUUUUGUAACCUAAAAUCACAUGAAAUUAAUUUUAAAACAACUUUCAUACUUCUAUUUCAUAUUUAUUGGCUCUACUUAAAAAAAAAAAACUCAAACUCAAUCAAUCAAUAUUUGAUAGAAAAGGUAAACCAUUAAACAAGUUUUCACGGAACUGUUGUAGUGUCACAAUGAAUACUGCGCAUGCGUGUAUUUACUACCAUAAAAAUCACCUUCGGCACUUCCCUUCUUUCUCUUACCACUCUCUGAAAUUCAUUUUGUAUGUAUAUUUACUUUUUGUAACGUGGACGAAUGAAAAAAUUGAAAAAAAAAAAAACAAAAUUUUGAAAUAUAAAAAAAAAUCAUAUCGUCGGCCAACGGGGAUAGAUUCAAAACUCGGUCCGGUAUUUAUUAAAAUUAGUUUAUUUAGGUGGGUAUCGUCUUAUUAAAUUACUAAGAAAAAGAAAAAAAAAGAAUGAAAAUAAAUUUUUACAAUAAAUUCAUAUUCCAAAUGUUUAAAACUAAUUCUGUUUCGCUAUAAGGGUCGUCAUUGAGAGUAAUUGUUUUGUAUAGAAAUACAAGAAUCCUCAAUUUUUAUAAUGGGGUGUCCUGAAUUUUUCCAGCUCUUAUUUGCUAUGUUGUUACAUUAUUACAUUUUUUAAAUCAAAUUGUAAAUAUUGUUAUAAACCUGUUUGAAACUGUUGAACUAUUUCUGGUGAUGUGCCAUGCAAUUGUUAUAAAUUUAUGCACUCAAUUCCCAUAUUUGAGGCUGGGCUGAGCUGUUAAUUAAAAAAUAUAUAUUUCAAGCAAAACAACAAUUUACGUUUACAAUAGAUAGGUUUCGAACCUACGCUGCCAUAGAGAAUCGGAUUUCUAGUCUAACCAGGGAUAAAUCUAUUUAAAAGUAGAACUAUUUCUGGUGAUCUGCCAUUUGAAAUAUAAGGGCAUUAUAUUGUUAUAAAUCCAUAUUACAAACAGAGCCAAUCAGCUUCCUGGCGACUAGCACUGGGAUCCUUUCUUAUUUCUGCAGUAUUUUUAAAGAUUAUGUAAGAAGAUCUCGAUUUUGAAAUAUAUUUUUAAAUUUUUGUAGAUAUUUGUUUAUAUGAACUGCGAAACGGUCUACGUCGAUAUGUAGACCCAAGAUUUUAACAACAGAUCUCAAUUUAAUCAAAUGAUUAUCACCACGAGAAAACUUGAGAAAUUCUGUCUUUGUCACGCUACCAAAAAUAAUUUACACGCACUAUACAUUAACGUGUAUCAUCAAAUUUAAUUUUUAACUUGUGACCUUUCAUAGAGAUCUGUUUGUUUUUUUUUUGGUGAAAAAAAUUAAUUUUGAGAAAUUCCCUAUUUUUCUUAGUACAUUAUAAGGAUACUUCAGGCUUGACGACAAAAAAUAUAUUUUUUUCAAAAAUGUAAAAAUUAGAAAAAUAAAUUUACAAAAUUAUGUUAUUUUUCUUUACGAACUAUGUUGCCUAGUUAUGACAAAAUUUAACUUUCUUUUUGCGUAGGGUACAAGUGGCUUAUUAUUUAUAAAACCGUUGACAGUAGAGUAGGGGAAUCAACUGCCUUCAGUAGUCACUACGACGUUAGACAGAAGACUAGAGUCUUGUCUGGCAAAGUUACGUAGUUUUAGUAAUAUUGGUUAUACUUAUAUAUUUCUUAAAAAAAAACUACAAUGCCUCGAAAUUACAAGCGCAAGGCUCCACACAGGUCCGUUGUUACCCGUGAUCAAUUUGAUGCUGCUAAGCGAUUGAUUGCCGAAGGUUUAAGUAAAAGAAAAGCAGCUGAACAGGUUGGAAUGAAAGAGAGUACUCUCAGGAAGCGAUUAAAAUCUGAUUCAAGUGCUCUAAAAUUAGGAAGAUUUACUUCAACUUUCACAAGUGAGCAAGAAAAUGAAAUAUAUAAUUAUUUAAAAAGAUGUGAUGAUCUCUAUUAUGGUCUUAAUAUGACAACUCUAAGAACAUUGAUCUACGAGUAUGCUGAAAUAAGUCAUAUUCCUCAUCGGUUUAAUCGAAAGUCGAAAAUGGCUGGACGUUAUUGGGUGUAUGGAUUUUUAAAAAGGCACCCUGACUUGAAUUUACGACAACCCACGUCAACUAGCAUAGCUAGAGCAAAUAAAACUGAAAAUUCUAAAAAAAAAAACAAA